AUGGGUGCGGCGCACCGUGAUCUUGCGUUUGCAACACGUCUGUUCUCUGUUCUACGGUUUGAGAGUGUUAUUCACGAGUUUGAUCCUUACUUCAACUACAGAACUACCAGGUAUCUCACCGAGGAAGGUUUUUACAAGUUUCACAACUGGUUUGAUGAUAGGGCAUGGUAUCCCUUAGGCCGGAUUAUUGGUGGCACUAUCUACCCUGGUUUGAUGGUAACAUCCACAACGCUGUACAACAUUAUGCAGUAUAUGAACAUCACCAUUGAUAUUCGCAAUGUGUGUGUGUUCCUUGCACCAUUUUUCUCUUCCCUCACAACCAUUGUCACAUAUCUUUUGACUAAAGAACUAAAGGAUGAAGGUGCAGGGUUGGUGGCUGCAGCCAUGAUUACCAUUGUGCCGGGCUAA